ACUUGACGGCAGUAGCUCUCGAACGCGCGCGAUGUGUGGAUGUGUCGUGAAAACGGCGAAUGAAUGCGCGCGCGCGCGCACACACGUCAAAGGCAGUAGCGCAGUAGAUAACGUGCCUUCUCUCGCGGGGUCAGUGCGCGAGAGAAAGAGCUCGCUCUGAUUCGUCGCGAGCGUUUCAAGUGCCAAGUUUCGGUAGUGCGUGAACGAGUGUGAUCGACUGAGUGCGCGACGACGACGUUCGAGCAACACUGAUAUCACACUUGGGCGGCGCACGGCCGCCGGUGACUCGUUCGUCCCGUUUGCUCCGCCGUCGUCCGCUUGCAUGCCACGCUCCGACGACGACGACGGAGCUAACCGCUUCGCGCUGCUCUUUCAACUGGGCCGUUUCACCGAUACUGUAUAUAUUCCUAAAUUGGCGAUGAAAAUCGAAACGUCCCAGGACAUGACGUAGAGCGGGAGUGCGGCGCGUGUAUGAAGAGAAUCGCCGCGCCAUGAGGAAUUUCGCGCCGUAGCGUUGCGAUAUGUUUAGAUGACGACGCCUCCCCGAUGGACAAUACGUUGCCGAUGAACACGCUGUCGGUGGUCGAGGAGGAGGCGACGAACGUCGCCAACAUCGCCGAGGCGUUCCCGCCGCACGUCGACACCAGCAACAUCGUUUUACAGCCGGAGUCGCCUACGAGCAAGAAGCAGGCCCUCAAAACCUUCGCCGAAGUGAACGCUCUCCUGCAGGCUGGCAAGAAGCGAGAGGUCAAGCUGAUGAUGCGCGAGAACGCCUGGCCGCUGAACAAUCGCAUCCGGGCGCAACUCUGGCCGGCGCUCUGCAACCAGCAUGCGCUCGGCAAGAGCAUGCUGGACGGAUUCUACUGGGACAUGGUCAAUCAGGUCUUCGGCACGACAGAACUCGAACAGCACAAGUCGAUUAUGCUACCACCUUUCGUCGAUAGCACGCAUUGCUUGUCGUACAAUUUAACGAGGACUGGUAGAAACGUGGCGGAUAGAGUCGUAUCGGUGCUCGGAUACGCUUGUCCCGAUAUUACGUACAGUCCCUCUCUUUAUCCGUUAACAGCGCUCCUCUUGCACUUUAUGCCAGAGGAAGAAUGCUACCAUUGCAUGGCCACUUUGGUAGCAGCCAAAGAGAAAACGUUUAUCACGCAGACCAAACUUCUCUAUGAAGUCACGUGGAAAACAGUGGAGCAAAUUACCAAAAAACACGUGAAAUCAGCUGCCGUACAUUUAACGAGGCACUGCUCCGGCUCGAGGGCCGAAAGGAUCUACAUGGACUGGAUCUGGUGGAUUCUUCAGUUUCUUCCAUUUCAACAUCUAGUCAGGGUUAUGGACUGUUUCUUACACGAAGGCAUUAAGGUCUUCUAUCGGGUAGCAAUGGCUUUAGUUUUAUUAUUUUACAAACACUCUUCGCCACAAAAUUCAGAGUGGAUGAAUGAGAUUUCGAAGAAUGGCAUAGACUCUGCUCUGUCCAGGUUCUGCAGGCAGAUACCGGUAACGCCUGCCAAGUUCCUGCGCACCGCCUUCGGGAUUCGCGGACUCAGCUCCGCAUACAUAUCAAGAGUGUUUCUGCGCACGGAAAUGGCUCUCAAGAGCAGAAACGUUCUGACAGGUUCUCGAUCCCUGGCUAGGUCGCGUUCCACUGAUAAUUUGCCCACCAGCCAGUCCCAAGUCAACAUCCAGAUGAUGUCCCACACGCUCACAAUACGCGAAAAAGAAUGUGAAGACACGUACAAAGACAGGUUGCUUACCUUAUGGUCGUGGCUACCGGCGAGAAUCACGAUGUAUCAGCCGGUGUUGCUGUACACAACCGAGGAACACGGGUGCUCCCUGACAACGUUUUACGUGCGAGUGGAGCAACACGAGCCGACUCUGCUGAUGAUUAAAACCUGCAAUAACGAGGUAUUCGGAGCAUACUGUUCCACAAGGUGGUACGAACGCAACAUGAAGGUCGACGGGCAAAGACAGGCAUAUUUCGGUACGGGUGAAACGUUCUUGUUCAGCUUGUAUCCUGAACGACACAAGUACGCGUGGGUGGGCAUGAAUCCGGAACGGCAGCAGUGUCUAGUGAAAGACGGUGACAAGGACAGCGACAAAGGUAUGAAAUCUAAAGCUAUCGACCACUCGGCCGAACUGUUCAUGGCCGCGGACUCGAAGAUGAUAACCAUCGGUGGUGGAGACGGCCAGGCGAUUUGGAUGGACGAGAACAUUAGAUUCGGCAAAACGGAUCACUGUUCGACCUUCGACAACCCACCUCUCUGCGCCAGCGGCGACUUUGAGAUCAGAGUGUUGGAAGUGUACGGCUUCGCGGGUGCCUAAAGAAACAGUGCAGUGCGGUGCAUCGGUUUGUUUAUUCCCUACUGCCAUUUAGCGACUCUCUUUCUACACUCGUGUGUAUAUACACACAUCAAUGAGAGAGGAACGCGCAAAAUUCGCCCAGUGUGGAAGGACGGAUAGAGAGGAAGAGAUGUGUAUAUAAAUAUUCUGCAUUUUCGUAUUAUUUAGUUUUGUGUGAUCUGAAACAUUGCUUGAUUUGCAUUCACUCAAAGAGAAUCGAGAGAGAUGCAAUUGUUAAAAUGAUAAUCGAAAGUAUUGAAUAAAGCAUUGUUGCUGCGUUUGAGGCUUUUUAAAGAGAAAGCCUUUUUAGAAGAUUCAUUUUCAUCAUUAGAAAACUCUUUUAAUUUCCAGCAAAAGUCUCCUUUACUCGAUGUAAUCGAAAAGUUUAUAAUAGUGAAGAGAUUGUAAGAACGAUACGCUUUCUUGUCUGUGAAAUACGCAGAUAUAGCCGGGUAACAAUGCGAAUGUGGUAGUAUUGUAUAGUCAUAGCUAACUAUAUUUGACGUUGUAUCCUGUAAAGAUACAAAAAAGAAACAGGGUGUUUGGAGAAUAAAGGAGAAAGGAUGACAAACUUUUAGGGCUUCUAGUUAACAUCGAAUCGCUUGUGAAUUAUAUGAAAAAAGUCUCGAAUGUUUUCUUCAACAUGUUGAAGCCAUCACGGAUGGACAUAUGUAUGUACAUCAUAUUUGAUGUAUACACAUUUACAUGUAAUACUGGUGAAGUAAAUUUGUCAUUGGCGCGAAUUUCGAGUAAAAUAUUGAACCCUUAUGUAUCCAUACGAUCGAAUCAUUUCAGGAAACUUUCUAUUGUUAUUCACAGUCGAUUCGUGGACUGACAAAGUUUUUCUUUCGUUCAAACACAGACACCACACGUGUACAACUGCUUGGAAUUAUGAAUUAAACAUUAUUAAACUUUA